AUGGCAGGGAUUUCAUUCCUGAGCGCUGUCAUUGCGUAGCCUUGAGCUCGACCAGCUUUAGCAGUCUGAUUUUAAUGAGAUUUUCUUUGUGUCUAUUUACAAAUGUCGUUAUUCAGUUUUGCAGCCAAGGGCUCCCCUUUCUCUGCCUCCAGCCAUCGACCUUGGACAAAGCCUCCUGCCGAGCCCAGCCCUUGUCCAGGCCACCAUGACGACACUAACGCACCGAGGACGAGCGAGGAUCUCGGAUAGGAGGCUCGGGGACCAGGAGGAUGUGGCCGCAGAUAGGGACCUGAGCGACGAAGACACUGAUGACUCCAAGGAGGUGCGGCUCACGCUCAUGGAGGAGGUGCUGCUGCUGGGGCUGAAGGACAAGGAGGGCUACACAUCUUUCUGGAAUGACUGCAUCUCCUCUGGCCUGCGGGGUGGUAUCCUCAUUGAGCUGGCGCUGCGUGGCCGCAUCCAGCUGGAGCCUCUCACCAUGAGGAAGAAGAGGCUGCUGGACAGGAAGGUGCUCCUGAAGUCAGAUGCUCCGACUGGGGAUGUCCUGCUGGAUGAGACCCUGAGGCACAUCAAGGUUACAGAGCCUGCUGAGACGGUGCAGACCUGGAUCGAGCUGCUCACCGGGGAGACCUGGAACCCUUUCAAGCUGCAGUACCAGCUGCGCAACGUGCGGGAGCGCGUGGCCAAGAGCCUCGUGGAGAAGGGCAUUCUCACCACGGAGAAGCAGAACUUCUUGCUCUUCGAUAUGACCACGCAUCCUGUGAGCAACGCGAGUGAGAAGCAGCGGCUGGUGCGGAAGCUGCAGGAGAGUGUCCUGGAGCGCUGGGUGCGGGAGCCGCAGCGCAUGGAGCGCCGCACGCUGGCGCUCCUGGUUCUUGCACACUCCUCGGACGUCCUUGAGGGCGUUUUUGGCGGCCUGGCUGACGAGCGCUACGACUUGGCCAUGAACAGGUCCAAGGACCUCCUGGAACUGGACCCGGAGCUAGAAGCUACCAAAGCCAAAGGCACUGAGAUGAUCUGGGCUGUCCUGGCUGCCUUCAAUAAGUCGUAAAUUGUCCCCCAAAUCCUUCAACCUGGAUGGAGCUUCCCCCUCUUGACACGAGGCCAGGAAUGUUUGGGUGAAUGGACAGACAGGCAGGAAUAUUUGGGCACAUAACUUCCUGAACCACCUCCUGAACUUUGGGAUAGCUCCAACAUAAGGGCGACUGAGACCCAGAGCACUGCAGGUUCUGGCCUCGGGGCACCGUGGGUGUCCGUAACACUGUCCUGGAGCCAGAAAUUUCUGGGAAUUUCCCUUCCAUGCGGAUGCUGCAGGUGUUUCUUUGCUCCCUACUCCUCACUCGAGG